AUGGAUCAUGCAGAUCAACGUGGUCGGCUUGGAUCUUUCAUGGCGAAACUAACGAAGAAUGAAUCAUCGAAAUAUACAUCUUCUGAAAUCAAUGCAUACCUUUUCGCAAGAACACCUGGUCCAGGAGUUACAAUGGGUUACAUCCGCUGGCCAUCAUCCUACGCUACAGGACCACAACCACCACAUUACACAGCCGUUCCCAUUCAGCCUCAUCCACUUCUGAAUGCCCAGUUCAUGAAACCUCUUAAUAUUCCUGUCUCUCAAACUAGUUUAAAAUGUAAAAAAUGUAAUUGUUGCGUACUGCAUGGAGUGGGAGUUUUUGGCUCGGUCCAACUUGGUGGAAAAGGCUGCUGCGACUGUCAGAAAUGUCAGGGCAAACCACCCACAGAUACAUACACAAUUCCGCCGCCACCACCUCCCCCUCCAUCUCCACCACCAACACCACCACCGCCGCCGACACUACCAACUCUACCACCACCUCCACCGGCUCCAAUUUAUCCUUCACCUCCUCGAUACCCAACCGUUCCUCCUGCUCCUCCUCCUUAUCCAGCACCACCUCCUCCAACUUAUCCAGCACCACCACCACCACCACCACCACCACCUCCUCCUCCUCCUCCUCCUUCAUAUCCUUCGCCGCCGCCACCCCCUCCUCCUACACUGCCACCUAUAACAUAUCCGAUAACUUACCCAAGCUCACCGACUUACGUCACUCCACCAGCGCCGCCAAUUUAUCCACAACCUCCUCAUCCUACGCUUGUGGUGCCUUCCUCUGUCUACAUUACGAGUCCUCCGAGCCCCGUCUACCCAGUUGCCCCUCCACCAGCACCGAUUGUUCCAGGGUAUCCUCUACCGCCAACACACAAGCCCAUGCCUACCUAUCCAACAGCUGCUCCGUCUGUCGGCUACGUCACAUCUCCGCCAUCAGCCAAAUGUGGUGCUGGAAAAUGCAAUCCGAUGCUUCCGCCGCUUCUACCACCAUGCGAACCUCGAAUAUCGAGAGAAGCACAAUGUUACGAGUCGUCCCCUCAAGAUGAUAGCGGUUCAUUUGUACCUCCUCCAUGCACUCCCAUGCCCAGUUCCUUCUCAUCAAUAUGUAAACGUGAAACUCCUAGCCGUCUACGUGUACGAUGCGCUUCGCUACCAGGAGCACGUCCCACUUGCUUUAGCUAUGCAGUUCCAAUUCUACCGAACAAGAUGUGUCGUCCAUUAGUGAGUGCGUCUCUGGACAACUGCAUGUCAUACAGUCCACCACUUUCAACUGUCACGAUCACUACCAGUCAACCCGUUAUUCACACUCCAUCACCACAACGGACAACGCAGCUUCGAAAUGUCUCCGCUGAUUUCAACCUCAUAAAUGUUUCGUAUGAUCCGACAUCUGGAAUCGCUGUCCAACAAGCCAACGCAUAUGAACAGCAGAGUGCAGUCAAACCAGCUUCACCAUCAUUUUCAAGCUACUCAGUGCCUGCCCAAUCGGCAGUGCAGCACAAUCAAAAGGACUGUUGCUCCGUUUUCGCAACCCCAUCCCAGCUAACAAUAGCAUGUGGUUGCAAGAGAGUUGGACGAGUGGCCAUCAAUCCAUGCUCGCACGCCUUGCUCAAUGACGAUUUUGAGAACUGUAUGGUUACCAAGAAACAAAUCAGUGGUGGAAGAACAUUGCUGUCAAAAAGAGAUAAGGACGCGAAAAACCCCCCGCGGGAAAUGCAGUCAGCUUUUGAGAAUUCAGUUAUCUAUAAGCUACCAAUUAGCUGCGAUGAGGCCUUAGAAUAUGGAUUAAUAAUAUGUCGAUUUUUAGGGAAUGAACUGACACACUGUCAAGCGCCCCAGUUCUCAACUGUGGAUCUUUCUAAGGGAAAAGCCGAAGGCCAUGAGGAGAGGAUCUAUUCAAACGCCGGGUACAAUCAAUACGUCGCAGCGACUAGAAGCUCUGAAAGUGACGCAGAACUCGUGCUAGGAGCUCAGAUCCAAUCAAGGUCAGAUCCGUACGCUGCAGUACGACCACAGGAUCACAGCAGCCAUCAAUCAGCAUCAAACUCGUACGCUGCAGUACGACCUCAGGAUCACCACCCUUCGGAAGCUCUUGAACCUUAUACAAUUGGAAAAUCUGGUUCAUCAAACGCAUGGCUAGCACCAUUCACAGACCAGCCGAUUUACCCGGCACCGCUCACAUCACAUUUGGCUCAUGAACAUACAACGCCAGCUUCCACUCCAACGCAACCACUCAUGGAAUUUGCUACUUCUGAGGUAGCACUUCAGGAAAGCUCAUCGGUUCCAGUCAACACCAUCGUUCCCUUCCUCCUCAUAAUAAUAAGAGUUAGUUAA